AUGGUUCCAUUCGUUUAUGGAAUAUUUAAACAGGAAGAUAAGAUGCAAUAUUAAAUUAUUAUAGCAAUCAUGUUUGAUCAGUUUGUUUCUCUCCUGAUGGUACUACAAUAACUCUAUCUGUGUAUGGGAUGUUAAGACAGGACAAUACAAAUAAAAAUUGAAUGGUCACUCAAAAGAUGUGAAAUCUAUUUGUUUUUCUCCCAAUAGUACUACAUUAGCAUCUGGUAGUUUAGAUAACUCUAUCAAUAUAUGGGAUAUAAAGAAUGGGAUAUCUAGAACAAAAUUAAAUGCUCAUAAUAACCCUGUUAUAUCAGUAUGCUUUUCUCCUGAUGGUUCUAAAUUAGCAUCUGGUUGAGAUUGUUCCAUCUGUUAAUGGGAUGUUAAGGCAUAAAAAAUAUUAUUUAGAGUUUUUUGGCCAUAGUAGUUGGAUUAAUUCAAUUAGCUUCACUCCAGAUGGUUGUACAUUAGCAUCUGGUUGUAGUGAUGGCUCUAUCGGUAUUUGGAACAUGCAGAAAUGCCAACUAAAAUCUAUGUUGUACGACCAUAGUGGUUGGGUUACAUCUGUUUGUUUCUCUUCAGAUGGCUUAAUAUUUGCGUCUGGUAGCUUCGAUUAGUCCAUCCAUUUAUGGGAUGUUAAAACAGCCCUAUAAUAAUCAAAAUUAGAUGGUCAUUCUAGAUCUGUCCUUUAAGUAAGUUUUUCUCCUGAUCGUAAAAUAUUCGCAUCUUGUAGUGAAGAUAAGUCUGUUUGUUUAUGGGAUGCUAAGACGGGACGAUAAAAAUCCAUACUAAAUGGUCAUAGGGAUUAUGUCCUUUCAGUUUGCUUCUCUCCUGAAGGUUAAACCUUGGCAUCUUGUAGUGAUGAUAAGUCUAUCCUUUAAUGGUAUGAUUAGACAGGAUAAUAAAUAGCCAAAUUGAAUGGUCAUGAUUUAUGUGUAAAUUCAGUAUGCUUUUCACCUGAUGGUACUACAUUAGCUUCUGGUUGUGGUAAUCCUUAUAAUGGAGGGAAUUUUUCUAUCCGUUUAUGGGAUGUUUAAACAUGAUAAUAAAUAGCCAAAUUGGAUUGUCAUGAUAGUUGUGUUAAUUCAGUAUGCAUCUCACCUGAUGGUACUUUAUUAGCAUCUUGUAAUGGUAUUCUUCAUAGUUGUAAAGAUUGUUCUAUCCGCUUAUGGGAUUUUAAGACAGGAUAUUAAAUCCUAGACUCGGAUAAAAAUUUAAAGGAUAUUCUUGCCUAAUUAAAAUUACCUCAUUAAGCUAAUUCAUUAUUCCAUAAUAGUAUUAAUUUCUAUUUUAUUAGCUACCACUCCAAUUACCAUUCUUCUUAUUUCUCAAAAACUUAUAUUUUAAGCAGAAGGAGCUCUGAUUUUUAAUGAAUAAUUUACCAAUCAAUAAGGUAUUGAUUUAGGAUUAUUCUUAAAAUAAAAAGGAUGCUAUUUAUUGGAAGGCUAAAUCAAUUUUUAGAAAAGUAAAUGUGAUUAUAAUCCAGAAAAACCAUAUAUGUUAAAUUGCAAUUAUUUUUCUUAUAUAAAAGUACUUGGUUCUGGUUUCUUUUAUUUUAUCUCUUCUUUUUUGUUUUUUAAGUUCUGA